AUGGGGCGUGUCCUGACCGCGGAGCAAGAUGGCCGCUUGAGCUCUGAGCUAGGCAAUCCGACCCAAUCCGGCACACAGUUGGGACUGACAACCACAGAAACUGCCAUGCCACACUCCAAGACACGAAGACAAACUGACAAGGGCGACAAAAUGAAUUUUUUCGCUAAAAAAAAGCCGCCAGCCUCACAAACUGAAUUGGGCCUUCAAGAUGGCGCCGGGCACUCCGGAGGGAGCAGCCCCCGCUCAGAGAGGGAUGCACAGCCUGAAAUGGGGCUCACUGCCUCACUACUACAGGCAGCCCUGGACAGGCAAUCAACCAAGCUGAUCGCCACCUGGCAGGAAAGCGUGGCCGAGAUAAAAAAAUACCUACAUGAUCUGGGCUCACGUACUGGGCACAUGGAGACAAAGAUGGAUGAUAUUGUAGAGGCCCACAACCAAGCCGUCAGCAGGAUCCAAACCCUUGAAUCACAACUGGCCAAAUAUGAAGUGAAGCUCAUGGAUCUAGAAGAUAGAUCACGCCGAAGCAACCUGCGACUCCGAGGCAUCCCGGAAGAGUUGCUGGAAGCUUCUUUAGGGCCCUAG